AUGAUCCCAAUAGCAAGCCCGUUGGCAUCAGAGUCCACCGAGGAGAUGAUAGCCAAGCUGGUGAGGAGCCAGGCAGAGCGCGGGGGCCUGGCCACAGGAAUCAAGAAAUGCCAGAAGCGUGUCCUCGAGGGGUCAAAGGGCCUGCUAGUUCUAACCGCCGACACAACACCCAUGGACCUGAUCACCCACCUCCCUGCACUCUGUGAGGACAGAGGCACCAAGUAUGUCUUUGUCAGGAGUAAAUCUUCCAUUCCAAAUGGAUUUACCUGUGUCUUUCUAGAAAUGGAUGGAAGCGACACCCUAAGGAAAGUACUUGAGACACUUGAGUAG